AUGGUGGAGUUCGACCCCAACGGGAUGAACAUGUACACAAGGUUCCGAUGGUCGGUAAAGAGCGGAACCGUCAGGCCGAAUCAGGAGGUAUCACAAUCGUUUGCAGAACUCAACCACCGCAAACGCCUCCUUCUCAACAUUCGGCCAUCGCUCGCUCGAACCUUGGAAAGCGCCACUGAGGAACGCCAACGGUUCAUGUCGCUGGUCAUUUGCCGGCAUCGCGAGAUCCUCGGAGGGGACUUCAGUUACAAUUGCCCCCCAAAAACCCUCACUUGCAUCGAUGUAGUGGCACACCACCUUAUCAGGGCCACUGCGUCAGCCUGCCCCAUCAACAGCCGGGCUGGCGUAAUGACAUCAACUGGCCUCAUGAAGGAGUAA